CCGCCCCCUGCGCCUGGCCGAGCCCGAGCCCGGCGGCGGCAGUGACAGCCGGGACGCUCCUCCGCAGCAGCCAUGAAGUCGCUGUGCCUCGUCACCGUGGGGGUGCUGGCCAUGACGCUGCUCAUUGCCAGUAUCUCCUUGCUGGUGGCGCACGUCUUCCAGACCGUGGUGGACCUGCAGGUGAAGGAGGGAACAGUAUUAAGAAAUGGCACGGAAACCUUUGAAGCCUGGGAAGAUCCUCCUCCACCAGUCUACAUGCAGUUCUACUUUUUUAAUGUGACAAAUCCUUUAGAAGUGCUUCAGGGAGCUACUCCUCUUGUGGAGGAAGUAGGGCCGUACACCUACCGAGAAUACAGACCAAGAGUGCAUGUUCAGUUUUUGGACAACGGUACAAAAGUAUCUGCUCUGAAUCCAAAGACGUAUGUGUUUGAACCUGAGAAAUCAGUUGGAGACCCUGAAGUGGAUCUGAUUAGAACAAUUAAUAUUCCGGCAGUGACAGCGAUGGAGAUGACCAGAUCAACAGCUCUUCAGUUUGCCACGGAGGUGCUGCUACUUCUAUACCAGGAAUCCCUGUUCACCGUGCGCACUGUGCAUGAAUUACUGUGGGGCUACAAAGACAGGCUUCUCUCAGCCAUUCAUCUCUUGCAUCCUGAGAUUGAUCCAGAAUUUGGUUUCUUCAAUAAGAUGAAUGGAACUGAUGAUGGAGAAUAUGUUUUCCUGAGUGGGGAAAGGAACUACCUAAACUUUUCAAGGAUUGUGGAAUGGAAAGGAGAAGAGUCAUUGAACUGGUGGACAACAAAGACAUGUAACAUGAUCAAUGGAACAGAUGGGACAUCCUUCCACCCAUUGAUUAGCAAAGAUGAAAACAUUUAUAUCUUUUCUUCUGAUUUCUGCAGAUCUUUCUAUAUGGUGUAUGACAGCUCAGGAAGCGUUGCAGGGAUCCCAACCUACCGCUUUGUGCCCUCUCCCAAGGUGUUUGCCAACACUACUGUUAACCCGGACAACGCCGGAUUCUGCGUGCCGCCAGGAAACUGUCCUGGAACCGGCGUCCUCAACGUCAGCAUCUGCAAGCAAGGUGCUCCAAUAUUUCUGUCAGCUCCACAUUUUUACCAAGCAGAUGAAAAAUUUAUUGAGGACAUAGAGGGCAUGCACCCAAGAAAGGAAUAUCAUGAGACAUUUGUGGACAUCAAUCCUCUGACAGGGCUGGUCCUGCGAGCAGCCAAGCGGAUGCAGAUCAAUGUUCACGUCAGAAAAUUGCAUGAAUUUGUUGAAACAGGCAACAUCCGAACGCUGGUUUUCCCAGUAAUGUAUAUAAAUGAGAGCGUGCUGAUCGAUGAAAGGUCUGCCAACAAACUCAAGCACGUCCUGCUGGAAGCCAGCGUUGUAACUGGAAUCCCCUUCGUUAUCAUGACUCUAGGAAUUGUUUUCGGGAUUGUUUUUAUUGUGCUGGUGUGCAGGUCCCGUGGUAUAAGCGAAGAGAGCACCGAAGAUGAAAGGGCUCCGCUCAUCAGGCCAUCCUAGUAGACUUUCCUAACACGUGAGCUUGGAGAAUAAACUAUUAGAGCUGACCUAAUACCAACUACCACUACCCAGCGUUGUCCACUGUGGAGGAACGAUCGUGUCAAGUAAAACUGCUUGGGGGUAUAGAAGAGAAUUUGGAAAAUGGUGCAAGGAGGAGACUUUUCUUACCAGCUAAGUUAUAACUUAAAAACUAUGUUUUAAAACUGCGCAAGAUCCCGCUUUUUUUUUCAACACUGCACUGUAUUUGUACCUGCACUGACAGCCAUAGAUGACCAUAACCACUAUAUCAGUGAAAAUAAAAUGCCCUGAUUGAUUGUAAGAAUGACGCGGGUAAACUUUGCACAUGGCCUUAGGAGUGUGGGCUGAGGAGAACCCCUUCACAGGGUACUGAAGGCUACAGUGCCACAGGCUCCCGUGUCACCUGAGAAAUUUGCUGUAGGCUGAGUGCUGUCUUCUCUGUAGAGAACUACAGGCUUCUCACUACCACCGUGUGUUGACUGUUAAAUCCUUUCACAAGACUGAUGUGUAAAGCUAAUCCAAAAUGUUCACUGAAACUGAGUUAAAUGUACCUAGCUAUUGUGAGGGGAAAAAGCUGGCAAUGAUUUCAUGUUUUCCUUUUAACCUCUUAUCUGUUUUAACCGUGCACAGGACCCCAUUGCAUGUUAGUGAUACAUUUAUCCCUAAUUAUUUUUUUUCUUCAACUUACAGAACAAAAUGCAGCCUUGUUCUUGUUGGUGGAGGGAACAAAAUGGUGUUCUUGUUUUCUCUGAUACCUAUGUCACAUUUUCAACUGUGUGGUUUAAUGUGAAUGAAGAUUUGGCAGUUAUAUUUAUUGUUUAGGAUGCAAGCAGACUUCCACAUUAAGGUAUGUGUAUGGCCUGGAAAUGCCAAAGCAUAUUUUUAACGUUUAAUUUUUAGAAACAAAAGUAUUUUUCCCCAGUGAAAAGAAAAAGAACUGUCGUGGAGAAGUAUUCCUAUUACAUGAAGAUAGUGAAUCAAAUUUUAAAAAGUGUUACUUUAUUCAAAAUAGAGGCAUUGUUUUGGUUAGUCUUUUUGCCUAGCUGGCCAGCGGCUCAGCAGCUUUGCUGGCUUGGAGGCAGUUCCAGCCAGGCAGUUUCAUGGUGAUUACAGGUGUUCCUUUGCUGCGUUGUUGAAAAGCACCGACCGCAGUCCCAGGCUCUCACAGUAAUGCUGGUCUGGAAGGGGAUUUUCUUUUUUCCUAGUUCCCUUACCAGCAGUUCUGCUGGAAGAGCUUGCCCUCAAAUUAUGGUGUUCAGGAAGGGGACAGGGGACAAAUGAACCCAGCAGGAGGCAAUUCCCUUCCUAAGGUAAUCGUUCUGGACAGCUAGACCAAUGUGCUGGUAUGGGGAGAUGCCAAGCUAUGGGGCUGCCCUAACCAGCCAAGCAGAGCUAUGGGAGAGAGAUUUCCUUCUUGAGUCUGGGUGCCCUGUCUUCCCGCAGGAUCCCACCGUCCGUCUUAACUUUUGCUUUAAUAAAUGAGCAGCAAGCUUCCUUCUAGAGCUUUCUUCUGCACCACAGGCGCUUUGGCCAGCGAGGCUUCAGCCACCUCCAAGGCAGGCAGUGGUGACCUCAGGUGGGGGCCAGUCUUAAGGACGAGGGAGCCCGAGGCAAGACAGAGCCUGACCCAGGACUUGAGAGGCGCCAGCUCCACUCUGGGGGUGUCUUCGUGGCACACUGUACCCUCAGUGCAAAGUACUGCCCCUUGCAGCAAGGUACAUAAAUGUCUUUGGGAAAUGGCUACAGCACUUUAGACAGAGCAAGCCUGCUGCUUUGUUGGUAUUUUGCU